GAAAUAUGCAUUUAGUGCGGUCACAGAGCUGAGAUCAUCAAACACAAAUAGAGUUUAACCCGAGUGCUGGACUUUGAGCUGAAACUGAGAGAGAGAGGAGAGGAGAAUGGCUCUGAGCACUGAGCAAGCUCUGGCACUGCUACUGAUCUUAAACAGCGCUCACCUCACAGCAGCAGAUUGCCCUGAACCAGACCGUGUUGCUGUCUCUGGCUCAGCUGGGGGGAGAGCAGUGCUGCCCUGUUCUUACACCCCCACCCCUGGGCAGGAUGUAGCAGUCACAUGGUAUGCAUAUCAAUAUCAGGGAGAAUGUGUUCUAUUAAUCUACAAUUCAAAGACCCCCUCAGCACCCAUCCCUGCACAGUGGAGCGGCCGAGUGAAGCUGUCUGAUGAAGUCUCCUCUGGAAACGCCUCUCUGCUAAUUUCUGAGCUCACACUGGAGGACACUCAGGAUUACACGUGUAUAGUGGGGAUCAACAGGGAAUGUGUCACUCACAGGGCUGUUAAACUGACAGUUCAAGGACCUCCAAAGCGAGAUUCAACUACUUCAAAAACAACGACCACAACACCAACAACUAGACCAUCAGCAACCCCGACAACUAGACCACCAGCAACCCAGACAACUAGACCAUCAGCAACCCCGACAACUAGACCAUCAGCAACCCCGACAACUAGACCAUCAGCAACCCCGACAACUAGACCAUCAGCAACCCCGACAACUAGACCAUCAGCAAACCAGACAACUAGACCAUCAGCAACCCAGAAAACCAGCCCAUGCCCAACCCAGCAGGGGAAUGCAGCAGCACAGAGGAGAUCGUUCUGCAUGAAACCGCUUUGAUAACUGGAUUCUAAUUGGAUUGCAUGUACCUGUAUUUAGUGAGUGUUGUGAGUUAAGCCGAAGUUCAAUUAUUCCUGUGUGUUGCUGCUGCUGGAUCCCUAUGCCAGUAUAGUCCAUUGUGAAAGAGUAUUGCUGUUACUGUAACCCGCUGCAUCCUGCCUGUGCCUGCAUCUCUUCAUUUCUAUAUCAUUUUAAUAAGAGCGUUUUAGCAUUUUGAUAUAUUUCAGGUUCUAUUCAUCACUGAUUGCUGUUGCUUUAUUUGUUAAUAAAGUAGCUGCUGCUGUUUACUAUAGAUCAUUGUUACAUACAGUUCUAAAUUCUUUUUAGGAAUAUUAUGUAUAAAAUGCAUUAGAGAAAAAGCUUCUACUUCGUCUUGGAAAUUAAAAACAGUGAAUUACUAAAUGUUAAUUGCACAUUGAAAUGUGUUAUUGCUUUUGCUUUUUUGCUUAUGAAUAAUAAAAUAUU